AUGAUAUAGUUUAAAAAUGGCUAAUUAACUAUGAAUUAUUAAGGCUAGGAUCCAUACUUAAUUGGUUAUUCAUUUAGCACUCAAUAAUUAGAAAAUGUUAUAGAUUCAGGAAAUACUUAUGCUUAUGCUAUUAUUGAUAACUAACAAUUAAACUAAGGAGUUGCAUAUAAAUACUUAGAGGAUGACAUAUUAUUCGAUAUUUAAAUUCAUACAGAUUUUCCAUACUAAGUUAACAAUGCGCUUUAUUACAUUAAUUUAACUUCUUAAAAUGUAAGUGCUAGUGCUAAAUCCAUUUCAAACUUAAUCAGCUUUACUAUACAAGAUUUAAUCCCCAAUCCUAUGAAUGGAGAAUAGCCAUUUGUUGCAUUCACAGAUUAUGUCACAAUUAAGCUUGUAUCUUCAACUAACGAUAACUUGAUCUAUUAGUAUUUCUACUACAAUAAUCAAAGUGAUAGAAAUAUAGAAAUAUAAAACCCAUUAUUGACUAGAAGGAAAAUACUAAACGUCACAUAAAUAGAUGAAAAAGUAGUUGCAUUACUACCUCCUGGGGAUAUAGUUAUUUUGAUUUUCGCAUACAACAAGGAACAAUAAUAAUAUUGUAAUCAAACUUAGGUAGUUCAUGUAAAAGAUAAUAAUUUCAAUUAGAGUUCAUUUACUGAAUUUAUUUUAAAGCAUUACAAUUAAUCAUAAAAUGACUAGUACUUAAAUUAAAUUCAAAACGAAAUUUAUGCUUAUCAAACGAUUAUUGAAGCAAUUGAAUAAUAUGAAAAGAAUAACAAAUAAUCUGACGAAAUAAAAUAAAAAAAAUUAGAUAUCUUACUAAGACUUCAGUCUACAGAUUGGUUGAACCAAGGAAUAACAAUUUUAAACUUGUCAGGAGAGUAAACUUUAAGAUUAAUUCAAACUCAACUAGAUCUAAGCAGUUAACUUUUAAAACUUAUACUAAACUCAACAUAAAAUAGAAUUAGUCAAAUUUAUUCAUAAAUAUUAAGCAUGUCUAAUAUAAGCAGUUAUUACAAAUUAAUAUUCAAAGAAAGCCUUAGAAUUUCAGUAUAGACUUUCAUGAUGCUAAUUAAAAUAUCUUAAAUUAAUGGAGAUGUUUCUUAGUUAUUUUAAGGUAUAUAAAUAGAGCAAUAAGUGUUAUAAGUUAUGUCUGGAUUUUCUUAACUUUUAAAUAUUAAUCAAUCUCCAAUAAAUAUUGAUACAGCUUAAGCACAUUUAUUAAUUGAAAAAUAAGAUGCCAUCUUAUUUACAAAUGAAUAUUGUUUACAAUAAGAUUUCAAUUUCAUUCAUUAAAACUCCAAAAAAUAUUUUGAAAUUUAUACUUAGACAUGGCCAAACAAUACUUACUUAUAUAGAGAUGAGGUUAAUUAAUUAGUUAAAUAAUAAAUAGAUUAAGUCAAUUCUACAUUUUAAGGCUUUAUUAACUAAACUUAUCCUAUAAAGAUAUCCACAUUAUCUAGCUAUUAAAACUAAUAACCAAAUAUAACUAUUCCAUUAAAAUUUGUUGUAAAAUUUUCUAAUAUUUCUACUUAGAUUCCAGUAUAAUGCAUAUAGAGACAGUUGGCGUAUAAUUGGACAAAUUAAACUUGUUAAACAAUUGUUUUGGAAGUCGAUAAAAGCUAAGUAUAAUGUGUUUGCUAAACUCCUGGCACUACUACUAUUAUUUCAAGCAUAGAUAAUCUAAUUACGAAUUAAAACUUGUAAAAAAUAUUUAGUAAAGAAGGUUUUGUUAGCAUAGCUCAACUAAGUAACUGGUAUGAAUAUUUACCAAUUUGGACAGUCAUUGUGAUGAGUGUUAUAUUUGUAGCUCUUUGCAUUAUGGGAGUUACUUUUGACUUUCAAGAUAAAAAUAUACUAAGGAAACUGAAAGAAUCAAGUCUACAAUUAAAUGGCUAAGAAAAUUAUAUAAAUUAAAAAUCAAUAUUUCUAGCUAUAAAAGCUAAAUAUUUGCCUGAUAAAGAUUCUUAAUUAGAUAAUUUAUAGAAAAAAACUCUAAAUUUGUUAGAAUAAAAAUAACAAGGAUUAUCUCCUACUUUAAAAUUUGAAUCUGAAAUUUAGGAAAAUUUUAAAAUUGCAAAGUAAUAAACAACAGAAUUCAAUCAAAGCAGCAUCUUUAAUUUGCAAACAGUAAACAUAUCACCAUAUCAUAGAAAGAAAAGAAAUAUAUCUUUCUAAUCUACUGUGAGCAUAACUCAUUAACCAAAACAAGAUUUUAAAUUUAUCAACUCAAUAAAUAAAAUAAAUUCAUUAUUACCUUUUAUAAAAAGAAACUAAACAAGCUAGUUUUCUUAAUCAGAGACUUCAACUAAUUCAAUUUAAUAAAUUGAUAUAUAAAAAUAGCUGCAAUAAAUAGAAAAUUAAUAAGUAAGUUAAUUUUAAAAAAAUUUAAUAAACUUAGAAAAAGUAAAUUAAUCAAAUGAGCCACAAAUUGAAAAGAAAAAUCUAAGAAAUAAUAGAAAAAGGUUUUCUAAUAAAAGUGACUUAAGAGUUACCAUCAGAGAGAAAAAAACAUCAAAUAAAACUGCUGAUAAUAGUUUACAAGUAAAUUAAGAAGAAUAAAUAGAAAACUAGAUAGACGACUUUUCUAGCAAUCACAUUUAGGCACUUCCUGAAAUAUAACAAAAAAACGAUAUUCAGUAAGAAAUUCUAUAAGUGAUAAAUGAAAAAAACAUAAUAGAUUAAGAUAAGCAUAUAGACAAAUCUUAAGUUCAACAGGAGUCUGUUGAGUCUUCAUUUAAUGCCAAUCUUACAGCUAUUUAAAAAUAAGCAAAAUAUACUCAAGAAAACUUUAGUGUAAUAUAUUUAAAUGACAAUACUUCAAAGAAUAACUAAAAUGAUAAAACAGAUAUUUCAAUAAUUAACAAUUAUAACAGUUUAAAUCAUAGCGAAACAAUUAAUCAAUAGUUAAAACAACAGAAUACUUCUUUGAUAAAUGAUUCCUAAAAAUUUUAGUCUAUUUAUAUAGAUAGUGCAUUUUAAGCUAGCUUUAUAAAAAAAGAAAUAUUUAGUAAGGAUUCAGAAAUAUUAGAUAUUAAUCCUUCAAAUAACAUUGAGUCUGUGAAGAGUCCAGAUUUAUUAGAUUUACUAUCUACUAUAACAAAAUCUUAUGGCUUCUCGCUUUGA